AUAUUCAAAAUUCCCCAAAUUCUCAAACACAGUUGUAAGUAGCCUCAGGACUGACAACUUCAUCGUGCCAUCAAUCAGUGUUACACAGCUCAGCAGAACAAAAGUCUUAACCCAGCUCCCACGGGCGGUGAGCAGCAGCAGGGGGACUAUAUACAGCAAAUGAGGUGAUGAAAUUUUAAGGCGCCAAGUGAUGGACAUUAUGCCCAGCAAUUGAUAAGCCGAUAUAAUGAAUGCUUUAACCAAUGGUUAUGACACACUGACCCGAUCUGCCGUUAUCUCGACCCUUCGAGCCCCUCGCUGGGCUCCAAAAAGGACUCUGGUGGUUUGAACUCGGUCGGAGCCAAACACCACGCAGCGCUCGGUCGCCCUCCCUCCGUCGGGGGAACGGGGGAAGAGAGUGGAGGGACACAAGGAAAACUCGUAGGUUGAGAUAACCCCCCCCCAGUUUAGUGAUUGUAAUAAAACACUAACAGUAAUAGAAAGUACAGAUGGGUGAUGCACAAGGCGAUUGCUCAGCACCCACCGACCGAUACCCGGCCAGCGCCCCCAACAGAACGGAGAUCCUGCCAUCGCAAAACACAGCCCUGGGCCUGUGCUCCCUCCCAGCUGGAGAAAAUGAACUCUAUCCCAGCUGAAACCAGGACACUCUUGUAGCAGAUUAAAGGUAGUCUGCGAGUGUCAGAGAGAACUGGACACGGGCGAGCAAACGCCUCAGGUGACCACAAGGGAGAGUCGGGGCAGGCUGGAGUGUUUCUGUGGUGACCAAAGCAGAAGGCCCGGGGGCUGUGCCGGGGUGUGUGAAGCCCCUGGGACCAGCCGGGGGGUACAGGAAGGUGCUGAGGGGACAUGAUGGGGGCCUGGGGCACCUCGAGAGCAGCCAUGGCCCAUGGUCCCCAUCCCCUGCAGCGGAACCCCUGCCCCGCCCGGCCUGGGUGACGCGUCACAAUGUGACCCCUUUGUGACAUCGCUCCGUGUCACCCCCGGCACCGUAUCUGAGCAGCACAGCCCCGCAGAGUCCGACAAGUCGGGGAAGGGACAGGGCAGGAGCGCAGCGAGGAGACGCCUGAGCACAGCCCACACUUUCCCCACCGCCCCCGGCGUUUAAGUUGAACCCCCCACGGUCCCUCAACCACUUCCCUCCAUUUUUGAAGAUGGCAGAGAGACCCCCCAGCAGCCCCAGGGUGGUUUGGGAGGAGGUGGGUGCUCCCCAGGAGAGCAGCUCUCCUCCAGAGCCCCACGAGGUGUCCGUGGUCCAGCCCCUGCAGAUGGGCGAGACACUGCCGGAGGAGGAUCCAGAGCUCCGACCAGGGUCCGAUUCUGAGAGCACCUCGUUGCUUUCUUGGCUUGAGAGCAGCGACAUGACAAAGGUGUUUGGCAAAUACCUCCGGCCUUCUCAGAGGACGGACAUUCUCCUCAUGGCCAUCAAGGCCUUGACGUCAGACGAUGUCCGGGACAGGCAGAAGGGCACAGAUGUCGUGUACAUGGCUGUGAGGGACCCCGCGUCCUGGCUGACGGAUGUGCUAGAAAUUAUGAGAUACAUCCACAAAUCUGUGGAGCACGUCCGCACGGAGCCAGCCCGCAAGAGCCUGGACUCACUGCUGCUGGUGUUGACAGACUGGAGCCCCAGGGAGACGGUCAGGAGCCUCUUGAGGAUCUCUCCAACGUGUGACAGGGCGGCCGUGGCCAUGUGGGAGGUGCUGAUCUCCGUGCGCUGGGCUUUGUGGAGCGUCUUGUUGCAGCUGGUCGACGUGCUGCAGGACCGGCGGCUGCGCAGGGUGUUCAGCUCUGCCAUGGAGGACGCCUGCAUCUACCCCAUGAUUCUCCUGCUCUGCACUGACAUUCAUGAGGCGGAUUUUGCUGCCCUCUAUGAAACCCAGAGGUACCUGAGGCGUCCCAGCCCGGUGAUGCUCUCGCUGGUGCUCACGGGCCUCGUCACGCUCUCGAAAACACCUGGAACGGCCAGAAAAAUGUCAGUGCUGCUGCCAGACAUACUGGAGACCCUGACGGACACCAACGCCCAUGUCAAGAGCAAGGCUCUGCUGGUGUUCAUCAACGUGAUGGGUCACAUGAAGAGGGAGGAGGCCGACCUCAUCUCCCUGAAGCUGGUGGAGAAGCUCCUGCCCCUCUUCGAUGACGAGUGCAGCCGGGUGCGGGAGCUCUCCAUCAGCCUCUUCAGAGAUAUGAUGAAGACUGCAGUGGGGAGAAACAAGAAAAAAAUGGUGAAGACAGUGCAGAGUAACCUGAUCCCACUGUACUUCCAUACGAGCGACCAGGUCGAGAGCGUGGCCAAGGCUUCCUGGAACACCCUCAGCGCCUGUGGAGACUUCCUGGGCUGGAGGAGGCUCAGCUCCGCGGCCGAGACAGGGCAGACACACCUGAUCGGAGACUGCUUGAUAACGCACAAGAGGAACAGCGUGGACGAGUAUCUGCGCCAGAGCCUGCCCUACGUGGAGAACCCUCAGGCCACCGUGCGGGAGGAGGCCGUCAGGUUCAUCGGGCUUGCUGUGCGGCGCCGGAGUACCCUCAGCCAGGAGAGGGUGUGGCAGAUCUGCAACACGCUCCUGCCCUUGAGAAAAGACUCGGAACUCUCCGUCAGGUCCGUGGCAGCCAAGACCAUCUCCAGCCUGACAACAGAGCAGAGUCUGACAUCAAGAUGGAGCCUGCGGUCGCUGUGCUGCUGGCUCUGCUGAGCCUCCGAGCGACAAAAUGCUCUGGAAAAAGGCUGUACUGGAAUAAUGACUUUUUAAAUAAAGCUGGAGCCACAAGCUGCUGGGACUCCGUAGCGUCCUUCCCACGGGACCCCCCCUGAGUGUGCUGGGCAGGGUCCC